AUGCCGACUGGCAAUACGCUUUCGGCUUGUUCGGAUAGCACGCUGAGCAGGCCGUCCGUCGUACCGUGUGUCCCAUGCUCUCUUGGCCCACGUCGCAGGAGCGGCAGCACGACCGACCGACUGGCUGCCACUAGAUGCCAUCUGGUGUCGCCCAUCCAGGUUAUUCGCGGCCGAGACAGGCGACGGACCUCCGUACCUGCAGGUCGAUUUAACGGUGGCCAGUCCGAUGGUAACUACACUUCUGAGGAUGGCUACUCACGGAGAGCGAGCAGCCAAGGAGCGGGCAUCAAGAAGCCGAGUAAUGCCGGGGCUGCUGAUGAACGCUGUGUAACAAGUGGUUUUUCCGCUGAUAAUGUUGGAGGAUCUGAGAGAAACAUUUCAGACAAGCGUGUUGUUGUCCGAAUUCGGGGAGUCGGUCCCAGGAGCAGCAGAAACCUGGCACUUUGUGUGCAUCCCGAGGACAACACUCGAGUUAUUUGUCACAGAGGAACUUGCCUGCAGGAGUUCCGGUUCAGUCGGGUAUUUGCUGAUCCGGAAUCGAAUGAUGACAUUUACCAUGAGAUAGGAGGCCCACAAAUAGUCGAGGCAAUUGGCUUGGGCGUCAAAGAAACUGUCCUCGCAUACGGGCAAACCGGAAUUGAAAUUUUUGGGGAGGCACUCUACGAUCUUUUACCCGAGUGUGAAACUGAUAGGAGAACCGGUGCUCCCUUGAUAGUUCGCCACGAAGAAUGCUUCAUCAAGACAUCCAAGUUUACGUACAAGGUCUGCACAGUCGAUGACGAGCAAACGGCACUCGAUCUGUUGGAGGAUGCCCGACAACAAAGGAGGGUUGGCGAUUCUCAUCUCAACUCGAGAUCUAGUCGAUCGCACGCAGUGGUUCAGUUCUUCGUGCACACCCGCGUUUCUGAAGGACGAGCCUCAGAACUUCUGAAGCGCCCGGUGAUCCCGGAACGUCCUGUCGGCGAAUGUGCAUUCUACGGCGUGCUGACUCUCGUCGACCUCGCCGGAUGCGAACGUGAGGCGCCGUCCUACCUGCCCCGACGUCUUUAUACUGGAAAUGGAUAUAAGGACGAAUCGAAAGCUGGAUGCUGCAGCCGAUCCCUGAAUGCUUCGAUUUCGACGCUUAACCGACUCAUACGGAAAAUGCAGACAAGCACAUUAGACGAAUCUGAUCGGCGGCAGUCAGCCCUGAACAGGGUUUUGUUCGACUAUCUACAGCCAGAGUGUGGUGUUUGCAUGAUUUUUUGCCUCAAUCCAGAAGCAUCAGAACUCCAGGUGUCACUCUCCACCCUCUCCAUUGCAUCAGAAUCGCGUCUCAUCCCCUGUUGGCGGAGGCAGUAUUUUCUUCCAUUGGGUCCCCUGCGGGAGUACUACAACGAAUCGGUUAUUUGUCAGUCCGUUAACCCAAUCAGUGACUUGAUCAAAGCGCGCCACCCAACGGUCAGCCAGGACACCGGAUCUUUCUUAUCGAGUAGCAGCAGUCAUUGUUCGAAUGCAGUUGAUAGUGCCGUGCGAGGCAGGCCUUCUUCUGUUGGGAUACGGCCUUCUCAGCAGAGUAAACAUAAAGUAGAGGUGGAAGGGCGCAGACCGGGUGUCACGUCUGACGAUCUUUUCCCGGUCUCGUCCAGCGAUCCUCCAGAUGCAUCCCCUUUAAAACCUCGCCAAAGAAGGGCAUCAGAUAUUCCGGUCUGCUCGUCGCCACCCUCGUCGCCCUUAGGGACAGAGGAGUCCACCCAAUCGAGCGGGAGUGGCUCGAACGCCUGGGUCGUGAAGAUGCGAAGUCAAUCGUCGUCAUCAUUUCAGCUUCCUUGCUGUCCCCGUCGGAAGAACAUGGGAACGCAGACGAAUUCAUCUGGAGCCUCCCACCCGAUUUCAGAUAUUGGUGCUGGAGGCCAGAAAGUGGUUUCGGCUGUACCCAGCGAGGCUCUAGGUGCUCCGCCUUGCUCAGGCGUGUUGCACGUUUCAGUUUUGAACGCCGCAUCACUCGAAGAGAUACUUCGAAAUGCCAGAGCUUUUACUCCCGAUGUACUUCAGAGAGCGCUGGCACAACAAGGACGACGAUGUGAGCUCCGAGCACAUUCGGAUGGCACCAAGGGAGAUGGGAUUUCCACCGACACAGGGAGAGUUAUUCGCCACCUUAGCGAGGCGCAAGCUAUCCCUGUCCAACUCGGAUCUAACGCCGGUACAAAUAUGUACCUCUUGGUUCCAGCCUCAUCAAACGCGAUGUCGGCAACUCAGAGGGGAGGAGCGAAGCAGUCGGGCUGUGAAGGCAGGUUUAGUCGAGGAUCAACAGACGGAGACCCCGGCAAUGACGUUUCAUCGUGUGUCGUCGAAAGCGACAUUUCUUCAGUUGAUUCAUGCUCCCUUGCGCCGAAGGCCCGACAUUCCUCCCAGUCGUCCUCCUCUAUCAACUCUUCAAAUGUUCUCCCCGUCACCGAAGCUACACCCGAGAGCUCACUGACACCCCGCCUCUCACGCCCAGUCACUGAAACCAACAUCGAGCAGUGUACUUCCUCUCCACUACUCCCAUCUCUAUGCUCGGGCAGUAACAACAUAUCUCUGCGUUCUGCUUCAGACGAAGGAAUGUCACUCAAGCUCUCUUUAUUUGCUGGCGUAUCAGAAGGAGUAAAUGCAGAAACGCAGCCCGUACAGGGUCCGGCGGCAGUCACCGGAACAGCAGUGAAAUCGGCACACAGGGACAACCGCUCACCGUGUUUUUCGUUCGUAAAGAAUAAACCAAUCGUUAAUUCAGAUGAAGGAGUGCCCUGCGGUGGACCGGCAGAGCAGCGCACGAGUUUUUGUGAAAGGCAGUUGGUUGGCUCAGAAUGGGAGCAAAGGGAUCAAACAUCACAACCGCUUGGUAUUCACAAGGCAAAAGUCAUUGGUCGCCUCCAGCAGUCACCCUGCUCAAUGGGAUAUGUAAUGCCGCAACGAACGCGAGAUUUACCUUUCCCUACCUUCACGGCUCCGGCUGGGUGCAGUGGACAGCGUCCUCACGCAACCGUUUCUGACCAUGUGGCCGAGACCGCUGAGAAACAUCCUGUAGGUCCUUUGUCUGCAGCUCCAAGACCCCCUUUUCAGUGUUGCUGUGUAAGGCAACACAAGGAGCUGUGGCGUGACAUCGAGCUGCGGAAGGAGCAACAGCGACGGGAGGAGAGGCGCAUUCAGGCGCAGAUCGACCUGAUUGAGAAUCAGCUGCUCUCACUCGCGCACCAACCGGGUCCUUCAUGGACAGUUUUCCCCUCCCGGUUGCACCGGCCAGAGAGCAGACUUGAAUCUCUGAACGAAUCCAGUGCUGCAAAUACUUGCACUGUAGACACCCUCCUCCUAGCCCACCGCUUGUUGCUGAAUUCUUAUCGAUGCACCACAGCAGCAACAAGUCCUGUUUGUCCCGCCUGCGAAGGCCCCGGUGGCUGUCCGGAGCUACCGAAAAGAAGAUCUUUUUCUUCUCUCUCGAAAAACGGUGCUGCGACCGAGCAACAGCGAACGCUUCUGUCACGAAGAAUGGACCACGGCGCCGGUGUGGAACAUGCAUGCGAAGAGACAGCAGCGGACAGCACGUACCAGCCUAUCAGCUCUGCCGGCAUCCGAGGAAGUCACCGUCAACAAGCAACUUCUUGUGUACAGCAUGCCCUCACAGUUUCGGAUGAUGCUCAAGAUCAGAGAUCAAAGCCGCACCAUGUUGCACACCGCGGCUUAUCGGAGUUUCACGCCACGAACGACGGAGCCUCUAUAGGUGGAGUCACGGGAGGGCACCAACACAGACAGGUUUCUGAUGAGUUCUUGCCUGGCACCAGUGAAGGAGAUUUGCUUUUCUCUUCGAAUCCCGGAAGCACUUUCCGUUCGCCUUGCGAGGCGGAGACCUCAGAUAAUGUGGAAAACUACUUAGGAGAGAUCGGCAGGAACCUGUAG